GGCGGGGGAAAGUGCGCCGAGAGGGGGAGAGAGAGAGAGAGAGAGAGGGGAGAAACGAGGGUUUUCUUCGACGUUAAUGGCCGUUAGGGUUUUCUGUUCGAUUUCUGAGCUCUAAUCACUGCAACUCUCUUCUUUUCUUUUUUCCCGAGUUUUUUUAAAAUAAAAAAUCCCCUCUUUGAAAUCCUACCCCCCAUUUUCCGGAUUUUUCCUGCAAUUUUCCUAUAUAUAUAUUUUCGGGCAGCGAUGGGUGCUCCAGGAAAGAACUCAACGGCUCCGAAUUCCAUGCAGCGCGUUAAAGUCUACCGCUUGAAUGAUGAUGGGAAAUGGGAUGACAGGGGAACCGGGCAUGUUACUGUUGAUUAUUUGGAGGGAACAGAAGAUCUUGGUUUGUUUGUCAUUGAUGAAGAAGAUAACGAUACAUUACUCCGGCACCGAAUCUCUUCGGAUGAUAUCUAUCGAAGGCAAGAAGACACAAUCAUUUCUUGGCGAGAUCCUGAAUUUUCUACAGAAUUGGCUCUUAGUUUUCAAGAGACUACAGGUUGCACUUAUAUUUGGGAUCACAUCUGCACUGUGCAGAGGAACCUGCAUUUUAGUACUCUUAGUAAUCUGGAGAGUGGUCCCCGUCCAGUGUCGGAGACUCUAGAGACAUCACAGGCCAAUGAUGAGACAUUUCAUAGUAUCAACAGUGAGUUGAGGGAAUUUCCAGCUGUUGAGCUAUCCACUCUGCCUUUGAUUCUUAAGACUGUGGUGGAGAGUGGCGUUGCAGAUCAGAUGCAUGUCGUGGAGCUUAUAUUACAAGACCAAGAAUUUUUCCCUAAGCUGAUGGACUUGUUUAGGAUCUGUGAAGACCUUGAAAAUCAAGAUGGUCUUCACAUGAUAUUCAAAUUGGUCAAGGGGAUCAUUCUACUUAAUAGCCUUCAGAUCUUUGAUAAAAUAUUUGGAGAUGAAUUCAUCAUGGAUGUUAUCGGCUCUCUUGAAUAUGAUCCUGAGGUUCCUCAAGUGCAACGGCAUCGUGCUUUCCUGAAAGAGCAUGUCGUUUUUAAAGAGGCCAUACCAAUUAAGGAUCCUUCGGUAUUGUCGAAGAUUCAUCAAACCUACAGAGUUGGUUAUAUAAAGGAUGUCAUUUUACCAAGACUAUUGGAUGAGGCGACGGUUGCAAAUCUGAACUCUAUCAUUCAUGGAAAUAAUGCUGCUGUUGUUUCUUUGCUGAAGGAUGAUAGUACUUUUAUUCAAGAACUGUUCGCAAGGAUGAAAUCAUCUACCACCUUGGCAGAAUCAAAGAGGAAUUUGGUUUUGUUCUUGCAAGAGUUUUGUAGUUUAAGUAAGAGCCUGCAGUUGGUCCAGCAACUUCGUCUGUUUCGGGAUCUUGUGAAUGAAGGCAUCUUUGACAUUAUCACUGACGUUUUACAGAGUCCAGACAAAAGGCUUGUGUUGACUGGGACAGACAUCCUUAUCCUUUUCCUUAACCAAGAUCCAAACCUCCUGAGGACAUACGUCAUUCAACAGGAGGGCAAUGUACUUCUUGGACUCCUGGUUAAAGGUAUGAUAACGGACUUUGGGGAGGAUAUGCACUGCCAGUUUCUCGAGAUUAUGCGCAUUUUGCUGGAUUCAUUCACGUUGUCUGGAUCACAGCAACAGAACACAAUAUAUGAAGGCUCAUUCACUAACCAAGGUAGGGACUCAGAUAGGAAUGAUUGGCGAGAGCAGAUUCGGGAAGCCGACCCAGAUAGCUUGGGCAAGGCUACGAUGGAUGAUGCUAAGUACUUCUACAUUUCUGAAUUGCACAAAUCUUAUAACCAGAGAGACACAAUUGUAGAGAUUUUCUAUGACAAACACUUGGAUCAGUUAAUAGAUACUAUAACAGCAUCAUGCCCUCCUAGAGGAACAGGUCGAGCUACCCGGAAAUCACAUGGCUCUGGUGGAAGAGUUGAAACUCAAGUUGUCACUAAACCUGAAAUUUUGUCAAACAUCUGUGAGCUUCUGUGUUUUUGUGUUCUUCACCAUCCUUACAGGAUAAAGUGCAACUUUCUUGCCAAUAACCUGAUAGAAAAAGUCUUGUUUCUAACUCGCAGAAAGGAAAAAUACUUGGUGGUUGCUGCUGUUCGCUUCCUGCGGACUAUUAUUUCCCGCAAUGAUGAUCAUCUUCAUCGUCACAUCGUUAAGAACAACCUUCUAAAACCGAUCAUACAUGUUUUCAUUAGUAACGGUAAUCGAUAUAAUCUUCUGAACUCUGCUGUUCUAGAACUACUCGAGUAUAUCCGUAAGGAAAAUCUCAAAACCUUAAUUUUGUAUAUAGUUGAUUGCUUCUGGGAUCAGUUGGCAAAGUUUGAGUAUUUGGGAACCAUUCAAGCCCUGAAAGUUAAAUAUGACCAGUCCCUAGAGACCUUUGAAUCAAGAAACACUACUAAUGUAGCAGACCCUAGAAAGCGGAUUGAUGUUCGUGCUCUUGAGAAAGAAGAAGAAGACUACUUCAAUGAGGAUAGCGAUGAAGAAGAUACUGCAUCUGCUCGGGAGUCACAUACACGGAACCAACUGGCACAACCCAAUUUGCCUAAUGGAACCGGUGAUAGCUACCUGUCCUUUAGGCCGGGAUCCUGUGGGCUAGUUGAUUAUGAUGACGACGACGAUGAAGAAGUCUACAAUCCGCCAUUAGGAAGUAAACAGGAAACUUCAACAGGGAAUGACAAAGCAGUUGACUCUCACAAGUCAAAGCGUAAAUUGGGUUCCAGCACUGACAACACCAAUGAAGAGCUCGAGCCAGUGAAGAAACACAGACUGGAGAAGAACUCGAAUGGUGGCAAUGUUGCUGCUGCCUGUUCGACUUGCAAUCAUGCAGAACCACCCAGUACACGGCCAGUCACACCCAAGAGUCCCAUAACUGACGAUGGGAAGAGCAGUUCAGAUGAGCCGGAUAGCGAAAAGGAAGAUACAGUUUCAAGUAGUUCUAAUUGCUUGCCUGAUGCUGUGGACACAAGACAAUCAACUGGAGAGGACUGCCCAGCGAUGCCGAUCAGUAAUUCCACAUCAGAGAUGGCCAACGGGGCAAAUGUCACAGGUUCAGAGCCAUAUUCGGUACGAUGAUGACUCGGGUUUCCUUCUUGUAUCAUCGGAUUCCAGUCAGAGCUGAAGAACAUAAGUUGAGCUUCCCUUGUUUUCUAAAGGAGGAAAAACCCCUGGAUGGGGACUUUACACAAUCACAUCGGUCCUUCACGAAGGCGCCAUCGCAUCUGUUGUAGAAAUCUGAUAGUGUCAGCAACCUGCCCCAUAUCUGGUAAUGUCAUCUGUUUCAUCUUUUCUUCUUCUUUUUUUUCGGUGCUGCGGCAUAACUGUGUUGCUGUCUCUUGUAAGACAUCUCAUAGUCUAAUGUUCCGCCCCCGUUUUUCUGGUUGAUGAUCUUGUAAUUUAUUUGUGAGCCCAUGUUGGAGGGGCACCAUUCUCUCCCUGCAUUUCUCUCUUUCUUUUUUCUUUUUCUUUCUUUUUUUCAAUUUUUGUGGGGAGUGCGGGUAGAAAUUAGUUGGGGUUCAAGUACAAAAAGAAGAGGGGUAUUAAAUUCAAAAGAAAUAACAGGUGAGCUAUAAUCACAAAGUGGCUAUGUACACUAUAAUCUUUUGAUGCUUGUAGUCUCUUACUGUACAUUAGAUUUUGUUGGGAGUAGCUUUUUGUGUGAUUAAUACAUUUGAACUCGCAAUCUAUAAUCAUUAAAUGCAAAUGUAGGUUCUCUUUUUUU